UUUUUUCUUUAGUUGCGUCACAACUGUCGCCGCGAGUAUUCUUGUCGCUUGUCGCUAGUGCAAUCAUUACCAAUUAUUAUACUAUGACUAGUGAAAAAUUAAGCUCGCAGAAGGUAAAAAAGUUGAUAAAUUGUGUAAUGCCGCGUCGAUAUUUGUGGGAUUUAGAAGACAGUAAUUACAAAGACAAGCGUAUGGUCGCGAAAGGUUGGAACGAAGUUGCCGAAGAGAUGAAAAUGCCAAUGCAAAUGAUUCGGAAUAAAUGGAAAAACUUGAGAGACAUGUACAACCGGGAGCUGCGGAAGUCGCCCGGCCUAGCUAGUCCAGAAGAGUACAAGGGACGUUGGAAAUAUUUCAGGAGCCUCUCCUUCCUGCUCAAGCCUUGGGAACCCAUAGAGACGCAAUAUCUGCAUGACGUGAUGGACACGAGCUACGACGAGGAUGACAAAGCUUUCAUCAUCAAAGUUGGCCCCGGCCACGUCGGAAACGGUGACUCGUCUGACAGGCACGACGAUGACUUCGACGAUGAUUCCGAGCCGCAAACUAAAAAAACUAAGUCAGACGACGAUGAUGAUGAUUAUGACAUCAUGUUUUUAAAAUCCCUCGCCCCCUACAUGAGAUCGCUCAGCCCAGUUCGAAAGUUACAAGUUAGGAACCAAAUACAGGAAAUUUUCUUGGAAAAAAUUAAAAAAUAAAAUCCGAAUAAUCUGUAUUUUAAAUUAAGUAUUUUAAGUACUUACUGAUAUUAGGUAUGUAUAAAAUAGGAAUA